AUGGGGGCCGGGCGGUCCUUGGCCAUGUCUACGGCAGCUUCCUCUCAGCCUUUUGGAACGGGGUGGAUCAAGGAAGAGGAGCGGGCAGGUGGCGUCUUUGGUCAGUAUGCCGACGAGUACGAUCAGUUGCGGCCUCAUUAUCCGGCCUCCCUCUGGGAUUUGGCCAUCAAGCAUGUCCAGAUGCGCACCGAUACUGAGCCAUGCAGUUGGACCGCCGCGGACAUUGGUUGUGGCACGGGUCGCGGCGUUGCAGACCUCUACCGGCAGGGUUGGUCUCGCAUAUAUGCCUGCGAGCCUGAUCCUGGCAUGCUGGGGGCGACUCGAAGCAAGCUCGAGGCUCGCAUCGCCGAACACCCGUCCGCCUCGGGCACCGACGUCGAGUAUCGGCAGUGCACAGCCGAGCAGACUGGUCUGCCCGCCCAUUCCUGUGAUCUUGUCACGUGUUUGCAGGCAUGGCACUGGGUGGACCUCGUGCCCGGACUCGAGGAAAUGCGUCGCAUCCUCAAGCCCGGCGGUGUCCUGGCGCUGGCCUGGAACGAUCGCGACCUGACUGACCCCUUGGUCGCAGCCAUGGAGGAGACCAUGGAGGCAUACAAUCCCCACUACCAGCGCGACGCCCGCCAAUGUGAUGCCUGGGGCGAGCGUCUAGUGACCCACAACAUCUUCACUCUUGAACUCCAAGCGGAUCUUCCCAACCAGCUGGGUCUGGCCAACGCAGACCAGGUCCUCGAACUCCUCAUGACCUUUUCCUACGUGCGCAACGCCCUCACGUCCACACAGCAAGAUGCGUUUCUGACCGAUAUGCGCACCCGGCUGGAUGCGUUUACCUUUCCCUACUCCCUCCCCUUGCUUACUCGUCUCUACCUUUUGCGCCCCACCAUGCCGUCCUAA